AUGUAUGGCAAGAUUGGUCAUAUUAUGGUGAAUUGUUGGCAAGAUGAAGGAAAUGCCACACAGCGCCAGAAUGGUUCAAGAAGAAGAUCCAAGAUGAGAAGAAAGAUGGGGGCAAUUGCAAAGAUACCGGUCACACAAACUGACAAAUUGAUAAAGGGGGAACCUCAAGGCAUGUUGAAUUGCCAUGAGGUUUUUGAACUGCUCAAUGAUCCCAACAUCUGGAUUGCGGACACUGGAGCAUUGGUAGACACUAUACCAUAUCUUGACAAGCUUGAAAAUGUAGAGAAACUUGAAGACGGAAAGGGUAAUGAGACGCUGAUGGAGGGACUACAGGCAUAA